UUAUAAUAAUAAUGAUCGUAUUUUAGUUUGGAGGAUAAGAAAUAAAUUUUGCUAAAUUUAUUCACGAGUAAUGUUGGAAGAGCUUAAUUUAAACGAUGAGCUCAAAUCACUCAAAAUCUCAAAUUCCAAUUCCUUUUUACCACCUACCUCCCACUCCAACAUCAAAAAUACAUCUGAUAAUAUAACCACAGAUAAUACAAAUAACACGAAUGGCACACCUGAUUAUAUGAACACAGAUAUUAAGAUUGACGACAUUAACGCAGUAGGUGGUGAUGUGGAUGAUGAUGUUUUGUUAACAGGUUAUAAUAUUUUUGUUAAGUUAGAGAAACCAAGUCCAGAUACUGUUUCUUACACUGACCUCACCAAUGCUACUGACCCUGCCAACACUCAUAACACAGUUAGUAUGGAGAACACUUUUGAAGGUGAUGAAACGUUUAAUGUAGUUGAGGAGGACAACACAGUUGAGAAUAAGGAUGAGAAAAAAAGUGGUUGGUUGAUGAGUAGUGCGAAAACAACACCAAAAGCACAUUAUGUUAAAAACUUGAAGGAUUUGAAAAGGGGUAAAAAAAAUGAAAUACAAUUAUUUCGUCCAAAAAUUCCAGAUUUGUCAUCGCAAUCCUCCACAAUAUCUGCACAUACCAAUAAUACACGCUUCUCCAACAACUCCCAUAAAUUCCAUAAACUCAGUUGUCAGAAUUGUAAUAAAAACAACCCCUAUAACUUUAGACUGGAUAAUUAUAAUUCCAUAAAUCCGUAUGUUAGUAAAUAUCUACGGUGUAAUCCUGUUUUAAGUGAUGGCUACACUAAUGAUUUCGUCUGGGAUAACAAUGAAAGUACCAAGAAGAGCAAGUUUAUUACUGAGAGUAUAAACAGUUGGCUGAAAACGAUACUGAACAUAAUCGUAACUUUCAUCUUAAUUUAUAUUUUAAUUGUCAUUUUUAUCAUUUUAAGGAAAGAUAUUAUUAAUCAUAUUAAUAAUAAUAAGGCCGUUGUACACAAUAAAUCACAGAUAUGUUUUAAUGAGUAUAACAAGAACAAAUGUAAUGUGAUAAAGAUCCCAGCAAUGGAAAGCAAGUGCAAGGAGUGGGAGCUGUGCAUGAAGAAGGACUCGUUGGUGUAUGAGGACGUCUCCUCAAUCUCAGUGGAGAUCAUAGGCUCACUGAUAAAUAAACUGAUUAACCAACUGGACCUGAAAGCCAUACUGUUUUUGAUAAUAAUAAUCCUGCUAAUCAUAAUCAUCAAGAUCAAAAACAGACCUAAGCCGGACAAUCGCAACCAUAAAAUGCUCAACAAAUAUUACGUCCCGAAUUAUAAAAAUUUCUACCCGUACACCUGAAUGUCUUAUCUCAAUUUA